AUGUCGAACCGCAUAGCUUUCACAGUCCAUGGCAGAGUGCAAGGCGUCUGCUUCCGCGACUUUACGCAGAAGAAAGCGAAUAGUUACGGCAUCACUGGCUUUGUCAAGAACACAAACGACGGAAAGGUUGUGGGCGAGGCACAGGGAAAUGAGGACGCAUUGAAGAAACUGAAAGGUGAUCUUAAUGAAGGGCCUCGGGCGGCUCAUGUCGUCAAGCUUGAGAUUAAGGAGAUUCAGUCGAAGGACGGAGAGAGUUCUUUCGAUGCAUAG